CCCCCAAUCUCUUUAAAAUAUAAAUAAUCCCUUUAAAAUUUUUGUAUCCCGCUCCUAAUUCCCCCAAUCUCUGUCUCUCAAAACCUAAAACUGACUCUGCCCACGCCUAUUGUCAAUUCACGAUGUCAACCCUAGAUCGACGAAGAUUCACCGAUGAUUCCCCAAUCGUUCCUCCACAUUACCGAAGAUUCACCAAUUGUUCUGCAUAAAACCUAGAUCGACGACUCCUUAAUCGUUCCUCUAAUCAAUUUCUGUCACACGUUUGCUGGUACAUCGAAGUUGUUCUAGAUUUCAUGUCGUUUCACGGAUCUAAGGUUUUCAAUCGGAUUCAGCCGUCGUUAAGCUGUUUUAUCGCUGUUUGGAUUGGGUACUCUGAUUUUUUGGUAAUGAACAGGUUCUUCGAGACGAUAUUCCGGGUAAGAGCACAUUGGCUUGUGCAUUAUCUACGCGGUUUGCAUUCUCGAGGGAAGCUAACAUACGCCCUUGAUGGUGAUAAUGUCAGGCAUGGUCUUAACAGUGAUCUUACGUUCCAACCAGAAGACCGUGUUAAGAAUAUAAGAAGAAUCAGAGAAGUUGCAAAGUUGUUCUCUGAUGCUGGAGUUAUCUGCAUUGCCAGUGUGAUAUCUCCCUACAGAAAAGAUCGCGAUUCUUGUCGAGCCAAACUUCCGACGGGAGAUUUCAUUGAGGCUUUCAUGGAUAUGCCUUUAUGUGUUUGUGAGGCCAGGGAUCCAAAGGGUUUAUACAAGCUGACAAAAGAUGCUGAAGUAAGGUUUAUAUAUAAUUUUACCUACAUGUACAAGCCUAAAAACCUAUUGUACAACACUUUGAUGCAUAAAAACACCUAAAGUACACAAGGCGCGCGCCUCAGAGCCCAAAAAAAAACCCAAAAUACGCGCUUUUCUUGUGCUUUGUGGAAAAGGCGCGGCUCAAGUGACAUGAGGCGCUAAGGCCUGCAUCAGGGCGCUUUUUAAAACCCAGGGCUGGUUAAGGCUGGUUCUGUAUGAGAUCGGUAUCGUACAGCAAAAUACUGAAACAGAAAGGACUUCAAAUCUAAACGGAAUACUGUAGGUAUGGACUAUGGUAAUCGUUGAAAUACUGAUACGCUACCGAUUCUGUAUGAGAUUGGUAGGUAUGUUUUAAAAACCGGUUUACAUCGGUCGGUUGAACCGGUUUACACCGGCCGGUUAAACCGGAUAUUGGAAGCUUGGCCGGCAUGAAUCAUACUGGUAAAUUGAGAGGACGAUAAAGAAGUUGUACUUCCGGAAAUUUGGGUUACACCGUUUCCUUAAAAACUUCCGGAGAAGGAAUCUCCGAGCUAUCAAAAGAAGCGUCUGGUAUCUUCAUUUGGUGCUUAACUCAAAAUUCUGAUAUAUUAGUAGAAGCAAUGCUAACACCGUCACUGAAGAGAACAUGGCAGCAACAAGAGAACUGGGCAACAACAAGAGAACAGGGCAGCAACAAGAUAUCAUGGGAUGUACUACGACAAAUAUCGGAAAGGGUCGUGGCCAUUAAUUUUUUCACUUUGCAUUGGUUUUAUUAGAUCAAAAGUGAACGUGAUUAUCCAAGAUAUAGUGAAAGAAAAAGAAGAAAAAGAAAGGUUGAACGAUAUUAUUGCAGAAUUGGUGGGGGAAAAUGAGAGAUAAGGCGGAGAAAGAGGCUAUGAAUGAAAGGAUGGCAAACAUUGAAGCGAUGCUAAAAGCUAGGUUUCAAAACGUAUAAUCAUCGACUUAGGUUUCAAAACGUAUAAACACUUUGUUUUGAAUAUGUAUUUUGUUAUGAUAACUUUGGUAUUUGAUGUUUCAAGUGGGAUGUUUUAUAUAAUUGUGAAAAUUUGAUAAUAUGUAAAAUUUAAAAUUGA